UUGCUUCUAUGAAUUAUAAUAUUCUGUUUCGUGCAGUUUACAUACCAAGUAAAGACAAUGUAGUUGCUGAUUCAAUUUCUCGUAAGCAGUGGGCCAGAUUCCGACAAGCAGCUCCACAUGCCAGGGAACACCCUUGCCCAGUGCCCCUAUCUUUCCGCAACAUCAUCUCCAGCCUGAGUUUGCUAAACUUUUAGACGCCUCAGUAUCUGAAAACACACAUAAAUCUCAUCGGGCUGGAAUGGCAGCUUAUUACAAAGUAUGUAGACUCAUUGAUUGCACGCCAUGGCCCCCUACAUUAAACUCAGUCGUGCAAUUCGUUUUGCAUUCAUCAUCAUCCGGCCUCGCAUAUUGUACCGUGAGGUCAUACUUGUCUGCCAUUUCAUUUUAUUGUAAAUUGCAGAGUGUUCACGAUCCAACCCCAGAGUUCUUGGUUACAAAGUUAUUGCAGGGCAUGAAACGUUUGAGACAUAAAGUAGAUACUAGACUGCCAAUAACGAAAACAAUUUUGCUAAAUAUUAUUCAAGUUCUGCCCAUAAUAUGUACCAAUGCUUUUGAAACAGCUCUUUUCUCGGCUGCAUUUUCCCUGGCAUUUCAUGGAUUUUUAAGAGUUGGCGAAUUAACAGUUAAUACAAGAGAAGGUGAUCAACAAAACACAAUUCAAUUCGACAAUUUGUCCAUUAAUCACGAAACGCAAUCUCUCUUACUGACUAUCCGGUAUUCGAAAACGGACCAGUUAGGUAAAGGCACAGUACUUCAAAUAGAUAAGCAGGGUGGUGUAGCAUGUCCAUAUCAGCUCAUUACUAAAUACGUCAGCAUCCGUCCAGAGGGUUCAGGUCCAUUAUUUCGACACUUCGAUUUAUCCCCACUCACACGAUAUCAAUUUACGGGGGUACUUUGUAAGGCAGUAAAGCACCUAAAUUUGCCUGGUAUCUCAGGAUACAAAUCUCACUCUUUUCGUAUCGGCGCGAGUACUGAUCUCGCGUUAAAAGGAUUUUCAACUCAUGACAUUCAGAGAUCUGGUCGUUGGAAAUCUGAUUCUUACAAAUCCUACAUUCGCAUACCAAAGUUUUAAUUUAAUUUUAGAUAUACAGACAAUAUGGUUGGUGGGUUCAUCAAUAAUCAAGCACGCCUUUUUGGAAGCUGUAUUAAGACCAGGUGGUACAAAUUUGACAUUAGAAAGAAAACACAUCUCACUGUGGUGGCAGGGUUAUAGUGGCCUCCAGUUAAGUAAAACUAAACAAAAGAUUAGAACUCUUGGAAAGGUGGGCCCUGUACCUAAUUUCAUCCUUAUACAUUGUGGGGGGAAUGACUUGGGCAAUGUAUCGAUCAGAAAAAUAAGGGUGGUUGCAAAGCAGUUGGUUUUAUUUCUAAGGAAUCACUUUCGAAACAGUAGGAUUAUAUGGUCAUUUAUACUUCCGCGUCUCCAAUGGCGCUAUUCAGCAAAUUUAAAAGCUAUGGAAAAUGCACGCAAACGGUUUAAUUCUGGUAUAGCUGCAAUUGUCUUGCAAUCUGGGGGCGCAAUAAUUCGCCAUUCAGACAUUAAACCUGAUCCAGCUUUAUUUUUACAGGAUGGGGUACACUUAUCCUCGUUGGGGAAUAACAUUUUUCUAAACUCUCUCCAGGGGGGACUUGAGGCUAUCGUUGCGCAUGGUCAAUCCUGCUUUCCCAAUUAGCAAGGGUCCUGGGUACGGCUGUUCGUAUAUGCCGCUCUACCCCCACCAUGGUGGCGGAGUUCCCUGGAUGAGUUUCAUUCUGAUCCUCAUCUCAGGGAACUUGUGGCGUAUAAGCGGCAUUUUGGUAAUUAUAUUGUAAGCUUUGACCUCUGCACCUCCCAGGGUCAAUGCUUUCUAUAUAUAUAUAUGGUGAACUUUGAACUUUGAUGUUGUGAACUUUGAACUUUUGAUGUUGUAUGAACUUUGACUUACCACUAUAUGAACUUUGACCUUUGGUAAUGACCUUGAUAUAUGAUUUGCUUUGAUGUUGAAUGUUGUUUGUGCAUUUGAUUGGGGCAUGCUCUUGUCUUGGCUGCCCAUUGCCCAUAUGAUAUUGUUUGUUUUGCAUUUGAAACUAAAUAACAGCCGUGCCCAUAAUAUCGCCACACUUUAAUAAAAUUAAUUUCAAGUUACCAUUUGUUUGAGUUACACUUUUCUGAGAUAAUAUCACAUCCAAUUCUAUUCGAAUUGGAGGCUUUUAUCGAAGAAAGUGUUAAUUUCCCAUAUUACAAAAUCCAUAGAUCCGCCUAUAAUCCCUAUAAUCAAUUAGAGUUAUUCCCCCUGAGUCAACUUCCGUUAAUCCUUUUUCAUUCACAGACUAUAUGAAUGAGGUUGGUGCAAUUUUAAGGGAUAAUUUUUUGCAAAUUUAGAUAUUUAGAAAAAUACCCUCCUCACCCAACCCUUAUUCGAAUAGAUUUUUGCGCUGUGUUUUUCUUUCUAUUGCAGCUGUCCUACAAAAGGAUCACUUGAUAUCAAAUGGUACGGCUGUUACAAGAAAAAGUCUACCUGGAGACCAACUUAGAUGAACUUUUCGCAAACCUUGGCCACUGCUCCUCCCAGGGCCAAUGUUUCCUAAACAGUGACUGAUAUAUAAACGACAAGUAAAGAAGGCACAUAAGCGGCAUGUAAUUCGUAAUAAAUAUAUCGUAAAUAUCACCUCUGGCGUAUAAGCGGCAUUUUGGUAAUUAUAUUGUAAGCUUUGACCUCUGCACCUCCCAGGGUCAAUGCUUUCUAUAUAUAUAUAUGGUGAACUUUGAACUUUGAUGUUGUGAACUUUGAACUUUUGAUGUUGUAUGAACUUUGACUUACCACUAUAUGAACUUUGACCUUUGGUAAUGACCUUGAUAUAUGAUUUGCUUUGAUGUUGAAUGUUGUUUGUGCAUUUGAUUGGGGCAUGCUCUUGUCUUGGCUGCCCAUUGCCCAUAUGAUAUUGUUUGUUUUGCAUUUGAAACUAAAUAACAGCCGUGCCCAUAAUAUCGCCACACUUUAAUAAAAUUAAUUUCAAGUUAC